GAUCGAUACCUGCCGACGGGAAAAUGGGAUCCGUCCGCAAAGAAGCGAUGAGAACAGCAGAGCUGUGCUGAUUUCCGAGGAGCAGAUCCAGCCCCCGGCUGCGUUUCGCUGGCCCGUGUGACACUGUCGCACCUCGCGGGCCACCGGGCUGUCGGAGCAGCAAAGGGGCUAUGGGGCGGCUCUGGGCUCGGCCUCACUGCAGCGGGCUCGGCGCUGGCUGCGUCGCGGGGCGGCUGCCCUUGGACUGAGGCUCCGGGCACGGGUGACGGGACGUUUGUCAGCACGAGCGAGCCCAUCAUUUUGGCGUUGUGUUGGAGACUUCAGGGAAGAAAAACAAGAAAGUGGCUGAAAAAUGUAGUAGCACUGAUCUUUUCGUAACAAGAAGAAUCGCCUUUCUGUGUUUUGAUAGAGAGCGCUACUUCUUCACUGCAUUUGAAAUACCCACACUGUUUGGAAAGUCUCCUUUACCCCUUGAUUCCUUAUCCAAUUUAAAACAUUUUAUUUGUGUGUAUGUGUGCGUGUAUGUGCUCACGUCUAUUUUUAGUGUGUCAACGUGUCAGGAACUUCUCAUCUUAUAAUCAUGGGCUCAGAGCAAGAAAUUCCUCCAAGCAGCUGUGAGUAAUAAUGACUUGCUUUAUUUCAAAACAUUUGUGAUCUGGAAGUUCUUUGACUCUCCCAGUUUUUCAAGUCACAAGGAAGAAAAGCUGAAAGAGGACUGAGCCCGCGAUGGCAGAGAAGUGUGACUGUAUUGCCAGCAUGUACGGGUACGAUCUAGGCUGCCGCUUUAUUAAUUUCCGGCCCUUGGGCUUUGGUGCGAAUGGACUGGUGCUAUCAGCCCUUGACAGCAAGAGCUGCCGCAAAGUUGCAGUGAAGAAGAUCACCAUCAGUGACGCGCGGAGCAUGAAACACGCCUUCCGGGAGAUCAAAAUCGUCCGCAGACUGGACCACGACAACAUUGUGAAGGUGUAUGAGGUGCUGGGACCAAAGGGGACCAAUCUGCAUGGAGACUUUUUCAAGUUUAACAUGGUGUACAUCGUGCAGGAGUACAUGGAGACAGACCUGGCUCGGCUGCUGGAGCAGGGGAAGCUCACCGAGGAGCAUGCCAAGCUCUUCAUGUACCAGCUGCUCCGAGGGCUGAAGUACAUCCACUCGGCCAAUGUGCUCCACAGAGACCUGAAGCCGGCCAAUAUUUUCAUCAGCACAGAAGACCUGGUGUUGAAGAUUGGCGAUUUUGGGCUAGCCAGAAUUGUGGAUCAACAUUACUCGCAUAAGGGUUACCUCUCCGAAGGCUUAGUGACAAAAUGGUAUCGCUCCCCUCGCCUCCUCCUCUCGCCGAACAACUACACCAAAGCCAUCGACAUGUGGGCGGCCGGCUGCAUUCUGGCCGAGAUGCUCACGGGGAGGAUGCUCUUCGCCGGGGGACACGAGCUGGAACAGAUGCAACUUAUUCUGGAGACGAUCCCGGUUAUCCACGAGGAAGACAAAGAGGAGCUGCUCAGGGUGAUGCCCAGUUUCAUCAACAGUACCUGGGAAGUGAGGAAGCCCCUGCGCAAGCUGCUCCCUGAAGUGAACAGUGAAGCUAUUGAUUUUCUGGAGAAAAUACUGACAUUUAACCCUAUGGAUCGAUUAACGGCUGAGAUGGGUCUGCAGCAUCCGUAUAUGAGUCCGUAUUCUUGCCCUGAGGAUGAACCAGUGUCUCAGCACCCGUUCCGGAUUGAGGAUGAGAUUGAUGAUAUUUUACUGAUGGAAGCCAACCAGAGCCAGAUGUCUAACUGGGACAGGUAUCAAGUAAGCCUCUCCUCUGAUUUGGAAUGGAGACAUGAUAAAUACCAUGACAUGGAUGAGGUCCAGCGAGACCCACGGGCAGGGUCUGAAUCCAUUGCUGAAGAAGCACAAGUUGAUCCACGAAAAUAUUCACAAAGCAGCUCAGAGAGGUUCUUAGAGCUAUCACACUCAUCAAUGGAUCGAGUAUUUGAUGCUGAUUGUGGGAAAUCAUGUGAUUACAAAGUGGGGUCACCUUCCUACUUGGACAAAUUGCUGUGGAGAGACAAUAAGCCCCAUCACUACUCAGAGCCCAAGCUGAUUUUAGAUUUAUCCCACUGGAAAAGAGCAACCAUAGCACCCACAGCUGAGCUAUCUCUGGAAGAAGAACCAUCCAAUCUCUUUCUGGAGAUUGCUCAAUGGGUGAAGAGCACUCAGGUGGGCCUUGAGUGUUCCAGUCCUCUUCCAGAGAUUCAAGAACGGAGCCUGCCAUCUUCUCCUCACCAUCUCCACAAAGAAUCCAAGGAGGUAGGCAGUGAAACAGACCCUGAGUUUGAUUUGGAUGUCUUCAUCUCCAGGGCACUGAAACUUUGCACAAAACCCGAGGAUCUUCCAGACAACAAGCUCAGUGACAUCAAUGGGGCCUGCAUAGCUGAGCACCCCAGUGAGAUUGUACAAACAGAAGUGUACCAGAAAGAACGAUGGUGAAGCACCUGCGUGUGGGAAACACCACUUUCUCCCCUUGUUCCUCUUUGAUAGUGUGGCCAUUGCCCUGUGCUGAGUGGCUUCAGGCUGUCAUUGAGCAUCAGUUUUUUUACACUAUACUGAAUGCCUUUUUCUGAAAAGGCAAGCACAAACCACAUGCCCCUUUUGAUGCCUUAGAAAUACAUUUAAGGGAAUCAAGAGGUGUGAAUGAAAUACUAGGUUUCUUAUACUGCCUUAACAAUCUUGCCUUGCAAUCUCUGGGACUGGUUUGCAACUUAAAUGUACAAUAGAAAGAUGACAGUACAUGAUAAGUUUACAAAUGGAAGUCAAAUCAACUUCUUUUUCUUUCUUUUUGUAUAGUAUCUUAAAACGAUGAGGACACUAAUCAGCAUCUUCAUUAUGGUCAGAUGAUACCCUCCUGGUUUGGCAGGUUCCAGACACACCAGCCGUAGGACUCCUUUGAGGCGCUCGCCCAAGUAGAGUCUGUACAGAGACAAGCAAUGCAAAGGCGUAUUCAAGUUCUGCCUUCAGCCUGGAGAGAGCUGUCGAGAAUGUAACUAGAGGCAGAAUUUGGCCAUGAGACAGAACAUAGUUGUUGGAGAAUGUUAAUGGGGAAGGAAUUUGACCUACCGUAUAUGGGCCACUUUGGAUUUUUUUCUGAUUGUAAAAUAAAGUUUUUGUGAAGCACAUUUUCCUUAUUUGGUUCCUCGCACAUGAGUUUUCCCUUCUGCUGUAUUGGGGUAGUUCUGGAGUCUCUUCAUACUUAUGAGGCCCAAUACCACGUAUUUAACAACCUAAUACUGUGAAUCCUGUGUGAGGCUCCUGCCCAGCGGACCAACAAAUCCUGGCAUAUAGGCAGGGAACGAGGAACGGGGUUUCACGGCAUAAUGCUGCCUCUGUCACCCACUAGCUGUAGAGCUUGAGCAAGGUCACUUACCUUCUCCAUGGCAUUUCCCUCCACUGCCAAAAAAAAGAAAGUACUACUAUCUACCUUCUCACAGAGAAGGUAUGAGAAAAAAAUUACUAUGGUUUGUGCAUUGCUUUGAUCAGACAGAGCACUGCAUGUACUAAAUAUUGUUACACCUUUCCAUACUGGAAAUCUAUGCUCUUUGGCCAAUAUCUGAACCAAACUAUUGGAAACUUCAGCUGUAUUCAAAUAGUCAUUUAAAUUGGUUGGGUAGUCUUUUGUGCAGAUGGUCCUACACACAAGGGAAGGUCUCCUUGGUUCCUGUGGCAUUAGAUUUUUACACGUGUGCAUUUCCUAAUUGGCCAUGAUCACACAUUAAAAAACAAAUAUUCACAUUUCUCCUAGGCCCUUUGCUUUCAGCUUCCUUUGGGACAUAAUGGUGGCAGCAGGCAAACCAGCGCAACUUUGUAAAUAGGUAUGAACACAACUGAGCUACUGUAACUUCCGUUUUCAUCCACACUUCUGAGCACCUUAAUAAUUAAUCAGCUAACAAGAGUUUGUAUAUGGAAUAAAUGUUCUAUACUUAUAUUUAAUCAAACUAGUCAAAUUUUUAAAUUGAAAACAUGUAAAUAGUGUUACAAAAGAAAAUCUUCACUCUCUAGCCCACUGUGUCAUUGUGCUCUGCAGCACGGUGGCAUGACUUUCAUUUGUAAAAGAGAGACUACUGUACUUAGUAACUCAGAGGUCCCUAUUUAACUGCUGUUCCUAUAGGAAUUAUUUCUACGCUUUUAACAAGCAAUCUACUAAAUAUUCUGAGAUGUGAAGAAAACUCACAUGAGACUUGGAUGACUAACUAACAGCAGCAUUUACUGUGUGAGCUGGUGACUGUUCUUGGUGGGGUUAGGUCCUGUGUUGAAGGCUGCAUGGAUGAGGAUGGGGCAGAGAGAAAAAGGCAUCUGGAGCAUGGAGCAAAGAGGCACCGGGUGCCCACGAGCCCAGGGCCAUGUGUCCCCCAUGAAGGUUUAGACUCCUGCCUGGAAAGAGGCAAUAAGGGAGAGACAGAGGGUUCAUUUAUGGUAUGUUAUGGAUUAUUUAUAUACCUCAACUAAAGCUCAGCACUUUUUUACUCGUGGCGGGAGAAAUCCAGAUUCCGCAGAAGCGGGUGCAUCCACUGCAGAGUGUUGCCAUCAUGCCAGCAGGAUGCAGCCGGGCCCCACGAGACGCCCACCCACAGCUCUCCGCACACCCACGGUGCCGCCAGCACUGGAAACGCUCGCAGGAGCUUCCCGGCACCCUCAGCAGCCACGGAAGAGGGGAAGGAGCCAAAAGUGCCAAGCACCUCGUGGGGUGCACAGAGCCCACAGCUGGAGGGGUCAAGCAGGAGAAGGAUGGUGGGGAUAUGACAGAGUCCGAUGAGACUGAAGGAUGUGAUCAGCAACGCGAAAGCUGACUUUUCAAACUCUCUCCUCAUAGACUCGGCAAAUAUUUGCUACUGUUGCAUUAAACAUCAAGACGUACUGACCUGUGAAAUCACUGUUUAUCAAACCACGUCAGUAUUUUCCUCAGUGGACAGAAAUCUUCACAUCUUCUGAAACAAGAAGCCAUUUCACAGGAGCGUUACGUUCAUUCGAAUGUCUUCUCCAGAAAUGUACGGGACUCUAUUUAUUACAGCCAUGGAAGCAUCAUUUUUGCUUUUGAAAAUUGUGUUUUGAUGGGGAGCGGGAGUUCACGGGCCCACUGUAAAACCGUGUUGUGAACUUCAGGACAAGCGAAGGGAGAGCUGACGCAGCUGCUCCAGGUCUGGUCCGCCGUUUCCAUCCGUGAGCUUCUUGUGCGACAUCACUCCGAAACGGCGGCGGGGCUGCCAGGGAAGGGGGGGACCAACGGAGGUGGCUUUACAUUGGCACCUGGGUGCGUUCAGCCCAUCACAAGCCAGAUUUUUUUUCUCAUCUGCAACAAUAAAAUUUAAG